AUGUUCUUACUUCUUGUUUCUUUCUCAAAUUUUUCUUCGCGAAAUUUCUUCCUAAUUUUUAUUUUAAUUCAUUUUUCUUUCUAUUAUUUUUGCUUGAUUCUUUCCCAUCUUUGUUCCAAGAUUCUUUCUUUAUUGUUCCAAGUUCCCUUCUUUAUUAUUGAAACUUUCUUUCUUUAUUGUUUCAUUCUUUACUUCUCCAAGUUUCUUUCUGUAUUGUUCCGAGAUUUCUUCUAUAUUAUUCCAACUUUCAUUUUUUUUAUUGUUCCAAAUUUCUUUCUUUAUUGUUGCAAAUUUCCUUCUUUAUUAUUUAAAGUUUCUUUCUGUAUUUUUCCGAGAUUUCUUCUAUAUUAUUCCAACUUUCAUUUUUUUAUUGUUCCAAAUUUCUUUCUUUAUUGUUGCAAAUUUCCUUCUUUAUUAUUUAAAGUUUCUUUCUGUAUUUUUCCGAGAUUUCUUCUAUAUUAUUCCAACUUUCAUUUUUUUUAUUGUUCCAAAUUUCUUUCUUUAUUUUUCUUUCUGUAUUGUUCCGAGAUUUCUUCUAUAUUAUACCAACUUUCAUUUUUUUUAUUGUUCCAAAUUUCUUUCUUUAUUGUUGCAAAUUUCCUUCUUUAUUAUUUAAAGUUUCUUUCUGUAUUAUUCCGAGAUUUCUUCUAUAUUAUUCCAACUUUCAUUUUUUUUAUUGUUCCAAAUUUCUUUCUUUAUUGUUGCAAAUUUCCUUCUUUAUUAUUUAAAGUUUCUUUCUGUAUUUUUCCGAGAUUUCUUCUAUAUUAUUCCAACUUUCAUUUUUUUAUUGUUCCAAAUUUCUUUCUUUAUUGUUGCAAAUUUCCUUCUUUAUUAUUUAAAGUUUCUUUCUGUAUUUUUCCGAGAUUUCUUCUAUAUUAUUCCAACUUUUUUUUUUUUAUUGUUCCAAAUUUCUUUCUUUAUUGUUGCAAAUUUCCUUCUUUAUUAUUUAAAGUUUCUUUCUGUAUUGUUCCGAGAUUUCUUCUAUAUUAUUCCAACUUUCAUUUUUUUUAUUGUUCCAAAUUUCUUUUUCUUUAUUGUUGCAAAUUUCCUUCUUUAUUAUUUAAAGUUUCUUUCUAUUUCUUCUAUAUUAUUCCAACUUUCAUUUUUUUAUUGUUCCAAAUUUCUUUCUUUAUUGUUGCAAAUUUCCUUCUUUAUUAUUUAAAGUUUCUUUCUGUAUUGUUCCGAGAUUUCUUCUAUAUUAUUCCAACUUUCAUUUUUUUUAUUGUUCCAAAUUUCUUUCUUUAUUGUUGCAAAUUUCCUUCUUUAUUAUUUAAAGUUUCUUUCUGUAUUGUUCCGAGAUUUCUUCUUUAUUGUUCCAAAUUUCCUUCUUUAUUUUUGCAAGUCUCUUUCUUUAUUCUUGCAAGUUUUAUUCUUUAUCCUGAAUUCCUCAAUUUUUUUCUUUCUAAUUUUUCUUUCUGGAUUUCUUUAAAAUUUGCCCCGUGUCUAUUUUGUUUUCUUUGCGUCUCUUUACAAUAA